AUGGAACACAAUAUUUUACAACGCCAUUCAGCGGCAACAACUAAGAAUAUGGGUGUAAAUUCUUAUUCUCAAAUUAUUUCUGCAUUUCGUGCUCAAGGUGAUCUUACAGAAAAUCAACUAACUAUUUUACCUGCUUUACAAAAUGCAUUUGGUAUUAGUCGUGAACGACAUACAGCUGAAGUAAAACGUGCACUUUAUGAUGAACAUUUAUCUGAAAUAGCUACAAGUAUUAAUCCAUCACCAAAUACAACAAAUUGGGAAAUUGAAGCUAAUUAUGCAUGUCCAACAAUUGUUCAUCGUCCUCCAAAUACAAAAUAUAUUCAAUUAGCUGAACAUGUUUUACAAACAACACCACCAACAACAAUUAUUCAACAUCCUCAACCAAUAACAACAACAAAAUUAAAUCAUGAUUUACAACAACUUGUUAAUGAUGAAAUAAAACAAGAUGGAAUUCGAAAUGCAACACAACAACAACUAUUGAAUAAUAAUACAUCAAGACAAAAUUUAAAUACAACAGAUAUUAAUAGUUCAAAAGUAAUUCGUUUAGUUCGUGCUAAACAAGCACCAAAACGUAAAUCAAGUUUAGAUACAUUAAUUGAAGUUGUACAAAAAGAAUUACUUCGUGUUAAUGAACAAGCAAAUACAAAUUCACCAUCACAUUACACUCAAAUACGUUCAGUAUCAUCAUCAUCAUCAAAAAUACAAAAUCCAAUAUUAACAUCUCAUCGUUCUAUAAUAUCAUCUGUUUUACCAUCAUCUCAUCCAAGUUCAUUAACAUCACAAACAAAUCAUUCAUUUAAAAUAACACGUAAACGUGGAAUUGAUAAUUUUAAUAUUUCAAAAAGGAAUUUAUUUUUACAACAACGAAAUAAAUCUUUUAAUGAUGAUGAUAAUAAUAAUAAUAAUUUUAUAGAAAAUGAUGAUAUAAAACAAACAAUAGAUGAUAUACAAUCAGAUUCAGAAAAUAUUGAAGAAAUUGUUCGUGAUACUGUUGAUAAACUUGUUGCUAUAACGCUUUUAAAUAAUGCACCAUUUAUUGUUAAUAUGCUUACAGCUAUUCCAAGUACUGAUAAUAGUACAAAUACAGAAUCUAAAAUCAUAACAAAUACUCUUGGUACAAAUAAUACAUCGACUAUAAAAUCUCAAUCAACAUCAACAAUUUCUAAAUCAGAUCAUUAUCGUAAUGAUCAUACAUUACUUUCAUCAAUAGGAAAUGAUUUACGAAAUUCAUUACAACAAACAUCACCUAUGAAACAACAACAACAAAUUCAUCAUUCUCAAUUAAUUAUUCAACCAACAACAACAACUCCUAUAUCAACUAUUCAAGGAACAACAACACCAACACUUUUUGUUACUCCACGUAUAUUAAAUUUUCAAACAGUUGUACCAAAACCAACAACAAAUAUUCAAAUAGGUAAUACAAAAAUAAUUCUUGUUUCACCAUCAAAUAUUACUCAACAUUUACCACAUUCAACAACAUCUAUUCAACCAACAUCUACAACAAAUUCACCACAACAACAACAACAAAAUCUUGUUAAUAAUAGUCCUGUUAAAUUAGUUAAAUUUGCUACAACAAAUAAUAAUAAUAAUUCAAUAACAACACGUUCAACAACAUUACCAAUAAAUACAACUCAAACAUCAACAUUAACAUUACCAAAAAAUGUUCAAAUUGUUAUUCCAUCUCAAACACCAUCAACAAUACAAUUAACACGAACACAUAGUGAUGAUUUAAAUAAAUCUCUUCCAACAACAACAACAUUUCGUCCUGUUACAACAGUACCAAUGGCAUUGACAACAUGUACAGUUGAUCAAAUUCCUCAAGCAGCACAAGAAGUAACAAUAACAACAUCUCCAGUAUCAUCACCACCAUUAACAACAAAUACAUCUGAUCUUCAACAACAAUCAUCUCUAGGUACAACAAUUAAUGUUAUUUCUUCAAAUUCAAAUAAUCAAUCACAAAAUAAUACAAAUAGUCAACAACAAAGUUUUCUCACAAAUUCAUCCGAGAAUAAUAAUAAUAAUAAUGGUGCAACUAUAGGAAAAUCACGACGACGUUCAUCAAGUAGUGCAUCGAUUGAUAAGCCUGUCGGCAAAAUUUUACGACCGAUUGCUAAAGUUCUUCCAGUUUAUUCACCUAGCAAUAGUAAUAAUGAUAAUGAUCAUGCAACUAUCGCGGACAAUACAAGUCCAACAUCUACCGUUCAACAGCAACAACAUCCUAUAACAAAUGUAACUACAAUAAGAACAAGUCCAACACAUGAUGAAAUGAUUAAAUCAGUAACAGUUAAUUUUCAACCAAAAACUCAACAAAUUCCAAGACCAUCAUCUACACAUGGACCUAUGAUUUAUCGUAUGACAUCCGUAAAUCCAAAUGUUCCUGUUUUUCGUGUACGUGCAGCAACAACUCCUACUUCUACAACUGUUAUAAAUAAAUCAAUUAAAACUGAAACAAAACCAAUAUCAGUAACUACUGCAACGAAUAUGUGUUAUGAAUCAAAACCAACACAUACAACUCCACCUACAAGUGGAUCUGUUUCUGUACUUGCAUGUUUUAAAACAACAAAAAAAAGAAAUAAAGAACGAGCAAUUAUGCCACGACCAAGUACAACUGAUUCUAAUGAUACAUCUCAAGAAUUUCAACAACGUUUAAAUACAAUAUUAAAUACAAAUACAUCCUUAGUACUUAAUAAUGAUAUAACAAAUAGUAAUUCAUCAUCAGACUAUCGUCAACAAUCACCAUCAACACCAACACGUCUUGUUCAACAAACAAGUUUAUCAUCAACAUUAUCCGAUGAUAAUAGUACAUCAAAUAUAUUUUCAUUAUCAAUGCAAGAACAAAAUAAUGAUACAACAACAUCAUCAUCAAAUAGUAUUCCUAUUUCACGUCAUAGUACAAUACAAUUUGAUAAUAAUUUAAAUUCAAUUAAAACAUUAACAACUCCAAAUAUAUCACCAUCAAUGUCACCUAUACAAUCAUUACAUUCAACACCAAAACCAUUAAUGGAAGAUAAAUGUAUACAAUGUAUUAAUCAUAAAAAUGAAUAUGAAGAUGAUGAUAUUAGUAUGAAACAUGAUGAAAUCGACAUCAUAGAUAAUCAACAAAUAAUAAUAAAUUCCGAAAUUAGAAAACGAUCUGCAGAUGAUAUCAUAUCUAAUGAUGAAAGUUGGACAAUUGCAGCGGACAGUCUUCUUCGUAAUAUUCUUUCUCAAUAUGGCUUUCGUUUUCUUGAUGUUAAUUGUCAACAAAAUUUAUCAUCAAAAUUUGAUAUUAUUCAAACAAAUCUUGUUAGUGGAGUAUUAUCAUCAAAAGACGAAUUUUAUAAUUCAGUUCUUGAUAUAAAACGUAAUUUAUUAAAUAGUGAUUUAUCAAAAAUUUCCGAAGAUAAUCUGGAAAAAUUAUUUAAUUAUUUUGAAAUUGAAUUUCAAAAAAUAUGUGAUCAAACAAAUGAACAUAAACGAAUACGACGACAAUAA